AUGACUGUUAUCUGCAGAGGAAGAAAAGAUGGUGAGGGAAGUGCAGGGAAGGAGUUACCGCUCACCCUUGACAGCCAAAUAAAUGGAUCUGAUGACCACAGAGUCCCGCUGGAGACCACUGUCAGAUGGCAGCUUAUGAGUCUCCAGACGACCCAACCUACUAUUGCAUCCAGUUCUUCUGAACCCAAGCAUGAGAAACCAGCCGACACGGUUGAGGAAGCCAGGGGUGAAAUCAUGUACGUCCAUCGCCCCCUUGAAAAGCACAAGAACGGUCCCUCGAAUAAAGUCAACGUGCCUUUCGUUAAACGAAAGCAAGACCUAGGGUUGACCACUGCACCACAAACACACAAUUCCAACACGCCUAGUACCCCAAGCCCCAGAGAUCCCAACGAAGACAAGCUAGCAAUUCAACCUCCAACCGUAGGGGUAACUCCAUCCCAACCAGAAGAAACCACUACCGAGGACAUUUUGUGUACUCCAGAUCCAGCUGUUUCUACCACGUGGUUACCUGUGGUUCAAGAAGAGGUAGAUACUCCACAACCACCGGUUCCUACCAUAAUAACGACACAAGCCGGACCUACGGUUCAGCCCACUGGUGCAGGACCAAAGGACACUUCUCAGCAGGCUGAGUCCAGACCACAGGAAGUCAGAAGAAAGACACAACUACGGCUGGGAGUAGAAAACAGCCCAAUCAGAUCUUCAGCCGAAGAUGAUCCCUGCCAGACCAACCCGUGCCUGCAUGGUGGAAGCUGUUUGACCGAGGGGGAAGGAUACAGUUGCCUGUGCCCUCAGGGCUAUUCGGGAGAGAGCUGCGAGAUCGAUAUUGAUGAUUGUCAGUCCAAUCCAUGUCAGAAUGGAGGCACCUGCAUUGAUGAGAUCAACUCUUUCGUAUGCUUGUGUCUGCCCAGCUAUGGUGGAGCUACCUGUGAGAAAGACACUGAGGGUUGCGAGCACAACUGGAGGAAGUUUCACGGCCACUGCUACAGGUACUUCACCCGCAGACACACGUGGGAAGAUGCAGAGAAGGACUGCAGGGAGCACAGCGGCCACCUGGCUAGCAUCCAUUCCAACCAAGAGCAGGACUUCAUUAACGGACUGUGCCAUGAAAACACGUGGAUUGGUCUGAAUGACAGGAUGGUGGAAGACGACUUUCAGUGGACUGAUAACAUGGAUCUGCAAUAUGAGAACUGGAGGGAGAACCAGCCGGAUAAUUUCUUUGCGGGCGGAGAGGACUGCGUGGUGAUGAUCGCACAUGAGAACGGCAAAUGGAACGAUGUGCCCUGCAACUACAACCUGCCCUACAUCUGCAAGAAAGGCACAGUACUAUGCGGAGCUCCGCCCACCGUGGACAACGCUUUCCUGAUUGGUCGGAAGCGUUCUCAUUAUGACAUUCACUCUGUGGUGCGUUACCAGUGCGGUGACGGUUUCCUCCAGCGCCACAUUCCCACUAUCAAGUGUCGCGCCAACGGCAAAUGGGACCGUCCCAAGAUCAUCUGUACGAAGUCGAGGAGAUCUCACCGUUACAGACGCCACCACCACAAGUCCCACCAUGAGCGCAGAAAGCACAAGAGGCACGGUUCAGGAGGUCAUCGAGGUCAGCAGGAGGGUCACGGCCAUUUCUAACCAAAUAAUCCCCUCCUUUCCGCCAGCCUUUCACCUAAACCUCCUUAUCUUUGAUAUCCGACGGCCUUUCACCUUUCCCCCUUCUCGUCUGGCUCAGUCUACCCCCGUUAUGAUCAGAGGGGCACUGCUGGACCUCACAAGGACUAUAACAGUUUCACUUUUCCAUCUCUUUAUCCGUUAAUGUUACAUCUCAUUUUAGUGGAUCCAACAUGAGGAAAGUUCUUUCGUACCUUCAAUGUAGAAAACACUCUAGGUAACUGUUUAUGUAUUUUUACAUAAGCAUUAAUUGAGCGGGUGGGUUGGUACAACAUGUAAAUAUUGUAUUUCAUUUCAAAGUGGGAUCAAAUCGAAACAGCCAGGAAAUGCUUGGGAUUGGGUGGCUUGUGCAGUAUUCCUUGACCGUCUCGACGUUGGUUCGCUUUUUGUAAGACGUUAACCUAAUUUAUACAGUAUUUCUGAGUAUUGGUGUGUUUUGAGUUGAGAGGAGUGGUGCUCAUCUGGAUUUUACAAGAAAAUUAAAUCGCACUCAUGUCGUUCCGAACUUGUAUGAUUUUCUUUUUUUCUGUAGACCACAAAAGGAUAUGAGUGACUGCCAGAAGGAGCUGUCUAAUAAGGAUAAAAAAGUAGUGGUGCGCUGCAUUUGACGUCUUCUGAAGCCGCAUGCUGGAUUUGUGCGUAAAAACGAGCGAAGUUUAAUCAAAACUCAUUAUUCCGUCGUAGCUUUCAUAGAAAUGUGACGUUUCAUGUCAAUGAUGUCAAAUCUUAACGAUUAACGAGAUUUCAGAUCCACAUCGGUGGAGUUUUCUGCUAAUAAUCAUUUAAACUUUGCUCACACAAAUUCAUUGAAUACCUUCGGUAGUGGCAUAUUUUGAAAAACUGCCCAUUUCACGCAAAAAUGUAACAAUACACAUGUUGUUCCAAACCCUGUACGGUUUUAUGUUGAGCAAAAAAAAGAUGAGUGACUAGCUAAUUGAGCAAUAUCACCUACGUGAGCGAUAUUGAAAGUUGAACAGCUGAGAAUUUACUAAUUCGAAAAUGUCACUUUGGAACUAUUUUAUAUCUAAACAAGUACAUUUUUGUCUAAAAAACUUAAUUCCAUGACGCAAUAGCAGUAUUAUUUAUAAAAUUAUAGUGGAUCUGUGGGUCCACCGUGACACUGAAAGUAUGAUAGAUUUGUGUGAGUCCAUAAUCAAAAAGUUGCUGUAUCAUACAUUGGAUUUUAUUGAUGUCAAAUCAAUGUGUUCGUAAGCAUUUCAUUCUUGCAGUUCCCUCGUACGAACUUCUUGAAAACUUUCAGAAGAUGUAUAAAGCACACGUAUGGCCACGCACACCACUUUUCAAUAACUUUUAUGGUGCUCCGCUGGAAAAGAGCAGCUUGGACGCUCUGCAAAGUAUCUUUUGUGCUCCACAGACAAAAGAACGUAAUACGGGUUUGAAAUGACAUGAGGUUAAAUAACGUAAUUGUUGGAGUCAAACUAUUCCUGUAAGUCCUUAAACAGUUUUGAACUAAUUGCUACGCAGAUAUAUUUCAAGCCUGCAGUUUCUGAGGUACCGACUUUCUCCAGGUACCGACUUUGAAUGACUUAACAAUAUUAGAUGAAAUGUACCACUGUAAAAUCCCCCCUACUUGUGGUCCCUCCAUCUGUUAUUGAUGGCUUGUGUCAUGAUCUCCCACUUUCUCACCCACAGAGGAGAAAUUGUCCUGUCAGAGCCUGUCAGCGAGAAAAAGAGGCAGAAUUAGAGAGACGGAAAAAGAGGUUCGACUCGCUGGUCUUAAUUGCGCCCGACUACAUAUACGCCACAUCAAACCGAGCCAGUGACAAGGUACUUUUAACAGCCUUGGGGGUCACAGCUAUGCCCGCAAUUAGCUUCUCGAAGUAGCACACUUAAGAAAGAAAUAAAACAGGAAUGGAUUCCCAUGGGUGGGAUGAGGAUGAAAACAAAGAAUCCAGAUGGUGCGAUAUCACAUACGGGUUAGAUGUUAAAAGUGCUCAUGGGUAAAUUUCAGAGGCAUACCUCCAGCACUGAAGAUCGGGAGGUUAAAAAGGAAAGGCGCAUGCAGAAGAAAGCCAGUUGAGAGGCAGCAUUUGGCCUUCUGUUCUCCUCAGAGCGAAAGAUGUGGUCUGGGCUCACUGUGGUUUCCAAAGGAGCACUUUUUUUUUUUUUUUUUUUUCUUCCCUACCAGGUGCGUGUCCUGUUUUUCAAAGAGUACUGCGACAGCUGACUCAAAAAUGAGGGCCGCUCCUUAUUCUCUGCACUCUCAACUAUCCUCUUUACCUUAAAAAGGGUAAAGACUCUUUCUUUCUUACAGCGCGUUUCUCUAAUGCCAGGGUUUGUGCUUAUCUCUCGCUGUUCCUCACUCAAUUUCCUAGUGAGAUUGCAAACGCAGCCCAGUUUUCCGCCAACUUCUUUUUAACGUCAGCGCUCCCUCUUCUUUCCUUCUCUACCUUUAUCCUCCUUUUUAAUAGCCCAGAAUUCAAAGAAUGAAAUAGGCGUAAUAUCUGAACAAUUCAUCUUUUUGUUCCAAAAAAACAUAAUUAAUGUUGAGGUUAUUGGUGCAUAUUUUGAUAAAGAAGCAAUUGACUUUAAGAAAAGGAUGGGGUUUUUUUAUUGACAUUUUAGAAAAAAAAAAGCUGUUUUUGAAUGUUGCGAAGUCAAAAAUGCAGCAGCACGCAUUUGUAGUAAAUUUCACAAAAACAUAUCAAUUUCGCAUUAUUUUUAUUAUUUAUAAAUGUGUGAAUUUCUGAAAAAAAAACUCUUUACUUAAGCAUUUGCAUUGCGGUAAUAAUAAUUUCAGAGUGGUUAAUUUCCUUGAAAAUAAUGUCACAAUGCAAAAUAAAACCCACAUCCUCAAAGCAAAAUCUAAUUUUAUUUUUUAAGUUUUGGGGUGAAUAAUGACCUUUUCUGGGCAGGUUUCGUGCAACUCUUUCUAACGCCUGAUUUGCAUUGAACAGGAGGUGCCCCAGUGUUAUGCAAUUUGUCUGUCAAAAUUGGAGUUUCAUUCUGAUACCCAGGAUCGUAAUAAUCCAUAUUAGCUGCUAAUGUACCUCUAUAUCACGCUAAUAGCUCUUUACAGCCCUCAGCUGAGGCUAGCGAAGGAAGGCAGAUGGCUAACAAUGUGGCAACUUAAUUGCGAGCCUUGAUUAUAAAAAUGAAUCUCUAAACAAAGAAUGUUCACAGCUGUAUUUUGGCAGGCAUUCUGAAGAACUAUAAAAGGCAGCUGCGGGAUUUUCUUGUGGCAAGUUUUCUGACUAAUUGCCACAGAGCAAUUGCUGUCCCAGAGGUUGUUACGCUAGCUGCGCCACCCCUUUGUAGUUACAUCCGUGGAACAUAGUCUUAUUUAGGCUUGUUUGCAUGACUCAUUCAGCCAAAUUUGUCUUGUUUCUCGCAAGAAGAAUAUGCAAAAUACUCUCGAUAGCCUCACGCGGUUUGCUUCCUGUCCGCUGCCGCAACCAAGAACGCCGUUUUUACCAAUUUGAUAAAAUGUCCGUGUUGCAUUGAGACGUUAACCUUGUCUUUCCGUAUUUACAUGAUUGUUGGAGGUAAAGAGGAAGCUACGGAGGUGAGGCCGAGCACGAUUGUCUCUGUUUAAUCAGGACUGCAGGUAACAAGUCACAUCCAUCAUCACCUUCCGGACUAUCGCGGCAAGAGUAACACAUCUGAAUUUUUAGUGCGUUAUCUUCGGCUGCUGGAAAUGGCUUUGAUUGGACGGUGUCAGAAAGGGAAUUACCAUGACAAAGAAGCCAGUUCAGAUGCCGAUGGCAGUGCGGAUUGUUCUGGAAAUCACAGCUGCUUAGUAUACUUAACCCGAACCUCCGGCGUUCCCUGCUCACCUAAACCGUGCUUUCAUAGUCCGCCCUUUACUUCAAAUAAAUCCGCAUUGGCACAUAAUCUUAUCUGUAAAUUCCAACUCAGCUGGCUGUCACAUCACUGUAUAUACGACUUUGUCCUGCAUGUCGUUUUUUUGACGAUAACACUGUUGAAGAGAAUCUGUAAUGUGGUUUUACAUCGAUAUGCAUUUUGACUUUACGUUCUUCAACUUUUUUGCUUACAUUUCAAAACCAAGCAUAUGAGACUUUUCCUGCAUAUUUACAGUUGCAGCUCUCAUUCCUGUUUAUUUAUUAUUUGUUGGCUUGAAGGGCAUCCCGUCGUUAUUAAUGACCCAGCAUUCCCUGCUGUUACAAGCAGUAAAUUCAUUCCUCUGGCAGUAGCAAAACAACCUUGCGACAAAACCAUAAAAUCUUUUGACACCACUCCCUGGCUCGGUGAUGUACAGACUUUGUUUUCACUUCUUGAUGUUCUCUUCUCAUUUUUUUAUGUAUGGAUUUAUUUGUUUUUCACUUUUUUAACAUGGAAUCUGGAUGUGUUUGUUGCUUAGAGUCCCAGGACCUCAGUCACACAGGCUAACUCUCCGUUCUCCGACACUAGGCAGAAAGCACUACAAACAUCAAACACCAUCUUUUACAUUGAGAUACUGUUGUUUAUUUUUAAAGCAUUUCCUUUACCGGGAUGACCCGAGUAAGGCUGUGUGAAUGUGGUCCAUGUGUGUUAUCCAAUAUUUAUUGAUGUUCUUAUGAAUUCUAGUUCUGUCAUUGUAUUAUAUUCUUUACCGAACAAGUGGUCAAUUAAAAACAUUGGAUGGGAUCGGUA